AUGUCUCAGAAAUGUGCAGAAAGCAGGAAGACCCUCAAGUCUCUUUCUCCAGGGUUCGAGUGUCUAUCCAUUACUGAAGACUCCUUCUCUGAAUGGACUGAUUCUGAGGAGGAGAAGAGGAAAAGAGUAAAGAAGCAGAUAGAGGAGGGUUCCAGGAUCCGCACAAAGUCGUCUAAAAUGGAGAGAAGAGAAGGAUAUGAGAUGAGUGACAAGGUGAUUUCUGCCUGUCACAAGUUAAAAGCCCACCUAAAUGACACCAAGGUUUUAUCCAACAGAGAACUGCGUUCCUGCCUGAACGUGAUCCAGCAAGACUGGUUCUGUGUGUCCAGUCAAAAGAAAGCAUAUCCAGAGACAGUUGAGAGGUUUCUGAGCAUGUGUCAUCAUGUCUCUCCUGCUGUUUUGACUCAUGUGGCUAACAUGGCUGACCAGAAUGGCAACACAGCACUGCACUACAGCGUAUCCCAUUCUAACUUCAGGGUGGUGCAGAAACUGCUGGAUGCAGGUGUAUGUAAUACCAAUCAGCAGAAUAAGGCUGGAUACACUCCCAUCAUGUUGGCUGCUUUGGCUGCUGUGGAAACCAAGGAGGACAUGAGCGUGGUGGAGGAGCUCUUCAGGAAUGGAGACGUCAAUGCCAAGGCCAUUCAGGCUGGUCAGACUGCUCUCAUGCUGGCAGUCAGUCAUGGACGUAUGGAUAUGGUGAAAGUUCUCUUAACUUCGGGGUCAAAGGUCAAUAUUCAGGAUGAUGAGGGCUCUACCGCGCUUAUGUGUGCCAGUGAGCAUGGCCAUGUUGAUAUUGUCCGUCUCCUACUGGCUCAGCCAGGCUGUGAUGCCACUCUGAGUGACAAUGAUGACAGCACUGCAAUGUCCAUAGCCCUGAAUGCUGGCCACAGUGACAUUGCCAUGCUCUUGUAUUCUCACAUGAACUAUGGAAUGGGCCAGCCAUUGACUGUUUCUUGA